AUGGCUGGAAGAAAUGAUCAUGCUAUUAUUGAUGCCUUGGAAGCUUUGACUCAAGUUUUGCAAGCUCAACAAAAUCCACAGGUUGAAGGUGCCGAAUCCCAUGGACUGGACAUGUUUAUAAGGAAAAAUCCACCAACCUUCAAAGGAAGCAAAGUAAUGGUGGGUAAUGCUAGACAAAUAUUUGAGGCUAAUGGUACAAUGAUCACUUGGGUUAUUUUCAUGGGAGAAUUCUUGGAGAAAUAUUUCCCAACUGAUGUGCGUAGCAAGAAAGAGGUUGAAUUCCUUGGACUUAAGCAAGGGAAUAUGACUAUUGUGGAUUAUGCUGCCAAGUUUCAGGAAUUGUCUAGGUUCUUCCCUCACUAUGAUGGGAUAUGA